AUGGAUUCCGAAUCAAAGAACAGUUUCAUAGGAAGCUUUCUUCAGCCACCAGAUAAGUUGCUUCCUGCAGCCUUUGCUUGUAUAGAAUCAAAGAAGUUGGCAGCUGUUGGUUGUGACAGGUCUUCUAUCCCCAAUAACCAAGCUGUGGUGGCAGCCCUGAAAACUCUUAAAGAAAAGAUCCGCCGUCUAGAGUUGGAGAAGUCACAGGCUGAAGAUAAUCUGUGCAGCCUCUCCAUAGCAGCUGCUCAGUAUAAGAAGGCCUUAGAGCAUGAAUCCUACAAAAAGGACACAGCACAUCAAGAACUGAUGCAACAGAGGAAAGAUGUAAGUGUGCAGUUAAAUGCAGCACAGUCCCGCUGCUCCCUGCUGGAGAAACAGCUAGAUUACAUGAGGAAAAUGGUUUCCAGCGCAGAACUGGAAAAGAAAAUGGUUUUAGAACAACAGAAAGAGGAAGUUCAGAACCGGUUGGAACUGCAUGCAAAACUUGAAAAGCUUGAAAUGCUAGAAAAAGAGUGUCUUAAACUUACUGCUACUCAGAGAAUUGCAGAAGACAAGAUCAAACACCUGGAAGAAAAGCUUUGUAAAGAAGAGCAUCAGUGUAAGCUAAUGCAAGACAAAACUGCUCAGCUUCAAACAGGAUUUGAGAUAAACAGAAUUUUGAUGUCUUCAGUAACAUCUCAAAAUGAACAUAAAAAGGAAAACGGGAAGAAGAAAAAAACUAAGAAGAGAAAUCCUGCAAUGAAGAAAAUGCACCUUCCACAAUUACAUGUAAAGGCUGGUGAACUACCUUUUGUGGCUGGGAAGUCUGUUGGUUCCAGCCAUUCUGUUAGUGCAAAUGUACAAAGUGUGUUGCAUAUUAUGAAGCAUCGCAAUCCACAUAUCUCAUCACGAAGCCAAGGAGGAGCUACAUCUGGGAUUUCAGGAUGCAGUGCACUUUCAAAAUCUGUAUCCUCUUGUUCCACAUCACCUACUGCCACCAGAAGUCUUUCGGACCUUCUGUUGCUCAUACAAGAUGAGCUGGGCCAAAUGAGCUUUGAGCAUCAAGAACUUCUGAAGCAGAUACAGGAGACUCAAGACUCCAAAGUUCAUGAAGACCUAGAACGGGAGCUGGAUUGCCUUGUAAAACGAAUGGAGAUUAAAGGAGAACAAAUAUCCAAGCUGAAAAAGCAUCAGGCUACUGUGCAGAAAUUAAAGAGAAAAACUCAGAAAUUGAAGCAAGGGGCAGCUCAUAUCAAACUGAAGUGUGGUGACCAAAAGGAAGCAAAGGAGAUUGCAGUCACUGUAAGGGAAUGUACGUCUAAAUCUUGUCCCGGGCAGAAAAGCAGAAGCUCUCUUCAGCUGCUAAAAAACGUGCAGAAACUUCAGUCAACACUGAAAAAAGAUGAUAUCAUGUGGGAACAACAGUUCUGA